GGAGGCUCUUUAUUACUUCACUUCAAAGUUCAGUAAGUUCAAAUACAAUCAUGUACGUAGCUUCAGUUGAAGUCCUCCUAUUGUAAGGUCUUGCAUAACAUCGUCAUGGUCUAGCCAGGUCUUGAUGGUAGCGUCAGUCUGCGCGUCGAGCGGAUCACGCCAUGAAUCUGGAACUUCUCGCUAAGUCGUUCGGGAAGACUUAUCCUGAGGAUAAUGAUGGCACGUUGGACUGUGGUUCUGUCGCACUGACGUGCAGCUUCAAUCGCUUUGGCACUCUCUUGGCAGUGGGAUGUAACGAUGGAAGGAUUGCUAUCUGGGAUCUAAUGACACGAUGUGUGUCCAAGUCGUUUUCUGGUCAUGUCCACCCAAUUACCCAACUCAGUUGGACACGAGAUGGUCACCACCUGGCCAGUGCCUCUCUGGACUGGAACGUGUCCAUUUGGCACAUCCUCAGCGGCGAGUGUGUGACCACAUACAGCAUGCUGUCGCCACCGGCUGGUCUAGUGUGGCAUCCGAAAGGAGAGCCUCGUCUUUUGGUCUGUCCCAUGAAGCAUGCCCCUAUUCUAAUUCACACCGACACCAAAGAGCAGUUCACGCUGCCCAUUGAUGGAGAGUCUGAGCAGAACACGGUGGGUUGCUUUGACCGUGUUGGCCAGCACAUCUACAUUGGCAGCUCACGUGGAAAGAUUCUCAUCAUCGAUGAAGCCAGCAGAGAGAUUGUGAAGAAAUUCCGCGUCACCACGUCGAGCAACACUGCCACGUCCAUCAAGUCCAUCCACCAUGCGCGCCGAGGCAGCCUGUUUCUGAUCAACUCGUCGGACCGUGUGGUGCGCAUCUAUGACACGGAGAUGAUCCUCAGUGAGGAGUGCGACGUGGAAGAGCCGGACGCUCUGCAGAAGAUGCAGGACCUGGUGAACCGGACAUCCUGGAAGAAAUGCUGUUUUUCUGGAGACGGUGAAUACGUUGCAGCGGGCUGCUCUCGUCAGAAUGUUAUCAAUAUUUGGCAGUCGAAGAGCGGUAAUCUGGUCAAGAUUCUCCAGGGCUUGCAAGGAGAAGUGUUGGUCGAUGCCGCGUGGCAUCCGGUGCGUCCCAUCAUUGCAUCUGUUUCCGGCGGUGUUGUCACUGUCUGGUCACACACACAAGCAGAGAAUUGGAGUUCGUUUGCGCCUGACUUCCGGGAGCUAGAGGAAAACGAGGAAUAUGACGAACACGAGUCCGAGUUUGAUGAUGAGGAUGAGGACAAGAGUGACGACGGUGAGGAUGCCGGCAAUCUAGAUGAGGAAAGUGAUGUGGACGUCACUACCGUGGAGAAAGUACCGGCCUACUGCAGCAGUGAUGAGGAAGACGGUGUGGAGACCAAGAAAGCGAAAACAGAUACGAGCAAAACACCGGACUUGCUGUACAUUCCCGUCACGCCCGAAAUCGACGAGCCCGAGGAAGGUGGUUGGGGACAGCUAGAGAUCCCUAUCAUAAAUGUCAAACGAAAACGACCAUCUGCCGACGGUGUGGACACUACUCCACAGAAGAAAAAGACCAAAGGCAGAGAAGCAGUCGUGACGCAAACAGCAACAGCAACGGCAACAGCUACCACCGCUGAAACUGCCAGCAACCGUGACGAGCCUGCUGAAAAAGAACAAGCAGCAUCCAGUAGCAAUGGGAGCAGUCAAGAAGUCGUGCUGUCCUCCGCUACCGAGCGGUCUGCUGAGGCAUCCCAUUGUGAACGUAACUUGCCCGUACCACAAGCCACAGCACCCGGUGAAGCGACAACAACCCCGGCAAGUCCUGCUAAUACAACACCUAGUUCACCCAAGCCAGAAGAUACGGAAACGGAAACAGCAUUAGCAGUGGCGGAGAGUUCCUGACAGUAACAUGUCGUCGUCACACUAGCAGCCAUGUGUCCAGAACACCGUUGCUGCCGUUCAAUUCAGAUGUCCCCUACACCAGUGUCAGUCUGCACCUUGUGAUCAGUGCUGCUGCUGCAACAAGUCAGUAGCCACUGCUCUGUGCGCAAAGGCAACCGCAGCAAACGAGUGUGGUA